CUCACUCGUCAGUCCUACUGUGUGAUCGAGACACUGUCUCAGGACCAUGGAGAGCUCAGGGAUUGUGAUCGGAGUGCUGCUCAUCACUCUGUCUUUCAUCAUGUGCAACGGACAACAUUUACCUGAGAUAUCUGCAGAGGAUUUGCAGAACUCUGAUAUAAACCCUGACAAGGAGAUGGUUGAAGUGAUGGCGGAACUUCUGUCAAAGUUUCAGAACAGAUUUCCAUCAACGGAGAAACGCGCCAUUCCAGCGUGUGCAGUCGGCUCCCGCUGUGCGAUGAGGUUUGGUCCCCGCUUUGGGCAGCUGUGUGAAUGUGGUCGAGGCUACCACUGCAACUCAUACCUGCUAAAGUGCAUCUGAGAAACCCGGAGGAGAGCUGUCUUAAUCUCUCAGCUCAACAUUUCACAAACACGAUCACUUACGGAGACAUGGAAAUGCAUAUCUUUUAGAAUAAAGCAAUUAGUCAACGUGUAUAUGUCUAUAAGGAUUUUAGCCUCAUUGAGCGAGUAUUCUGAGCUUUAAUAUUUUCAGUAAAUAUUUCUGUUUCUUAACACUUUAUUGAGCCAUGAUAAAAGUAUAUCUAAGCAGCAAAAAAUUUCUUCAAGAAUGUAGAAUGCAUGUGUGUUUUAAUGUUUGCAGUAGUGCAGCUAUGUUGUUUUGAGUAUUACAGUAUAAUCUUAGUCCAUUCAUAGUAUGUAAUGACCCAUACAAUGUAUUAUUUUACACAAUAAACCCAUGUUCUCAUUUAACAAGCUUUGAAAUUUCUGCAACAAUUUUUAAUGCAUUCCUGUGUCUUUCUUUUGAUCUGUUCAUGGUGUUUUUUGGAACAGUCAUUCCCAAUGGCUCUGUAGAGGGAUGUGCUGUUCUACCAGCUGGUUUUUAAUGCUGGUUUUCAAUUAUUAAUGCAUGGAAAAACCUAUUAUUCCCUUAUAGUCACUAUUGACAACUGCUGAAACAGCAUUCAUCUGCCUCAGGACACAUUUUGAGUGCAUAGUAAACAAAGAUACUGCCGUUUAUAGUGUAGUGCAGGUAAAAGAAAAUGUUUAGGUGCCAAAGAUGAGCAUGCCAAGAGUCAAUCAUUAAAUGGUCGAGUGGAUUUUAAUAGGAAUUAGUUUGAUCUGUUGCUUGUGGUGUGCUGAAACAUAUUGAUGAAUAGUAAUUGAUGUAGCCAGUUACGCAGCUGCUCUUCGAAUAUUAAAAAAAUAACCUUUCAGAAUGAGACAGUUCAACA